AUGCAGGGCCGAACGCGAUCCUACACUGAGGUUGAGGAUGCAUCAUUCACUAACAGUUUUAACUAUGAUUUCGAUAAUGCUGAUUUCACAAAUGAUUUUCCUAUACAAGGACAUGAUCAUCAAGAUAAUGUGGUUGACAAACAAAAUGAACAGGCUGACAAACAAAAUGAAGAGGGUUGUGAGGUUGAGAAUGCUAAGGGUGGUGAGGCUGAGAAUGAUAAAGAUGGUGAGGCUGAGUCUAAUGAUUCAUCUAAGGAUGAUGAUUCAGAUGAUAGUGAGUUUAUAAAAGGGUUAGAUAAUAUGGAUGAGGUUGAGUAUGACAUCAUAGAUUACAAUGCAAAUGUUGACAGGGGUGACUAUCUUUGA